CUACAUCAAUCCUACAUCCCCUUUAGAAAAUGGUCAACAUCCCAAAGGCUCGUAAGACCCACUGUGACAAGUGCAACAAGCACACCCCACACAAGGUCACCCAAUACAAGGCUGGCAAGCCAAGUCUCUUCGCUCAAGGAAAGAGACGUUACGACAGGAAGCAGAGAGGUUUCGGAGGUCAGACCAAGCCAGUCUUCCACAAGAAGGCCAAGACCACCAAGAAGAUCGUCCUCAGAAUGGAAUGCUCGUGUGGUCACAAGAAGCAGCAAGUCAUCAAGCGUUGCAAGCGUUUCGAGCUCGGAGGAGAGAAGAAGAAGAAGAACGAGGCUU